UAAAAGCGAAGCCCUGAAACCAAAAUUAAAAAGGGCACCCCUCAAACCAGGACUCUCUUUUUGUGUAUAAUCUGGCGUUUUCCGGCGGUAUUUCGUUUGCACAAACCCAACUAAUAUGAAGAAUUUCACCAACCAAUGGACCCUCAAAAAUCUCUCUCACUUUUCCUUAUUUUCUCUCCGAUUAUUGUUUUAGACGGACCGAUCUGAUCUCCGCCUCUCAAUUCUCUGUCGGCCAGGUUAUGGUUUGUGCCGAUUCCGAACAAACACCACUAGACUCCAUGGCGAUGGGACUCGAGAGAUCGAAACCGCUCCAUAAUUUCUCCCUUUCCUUCUUGAAGUGGGGAAAUCAGAGGUAUCUCCGCUGUAUGAAAUUGGACUCCGAUGGCCGUGACGCCGACGACGACCUUCCUCCGCCCCCUGUUCGCCCUACGCCCGCCGUCCGGUUGAACUGCCGGAACUUUCACACGGAUAGGCCGGCGUUAUUUAAGGAUUCUGCAAAGAGACUUAGGGCUUCUAAGUCCAAGAUCCACGAUAAAUACGAUGGCGAGGAAGAUAUAGCGGCGGUAAGAGAGAAACUCAUGGUUGAUCUAAAAACCGCCGCCGACAGAAUGAAGGUUGAAUUCUGGAGAGAUGGAGUGGUCAACGACGAUGAGGAAGACAUGCCCAACCGGGAGGAAAAACUUCCGGCGCCGGAGAAGGAGUUAAAAUCGUGGAGUUUGAGGGUGAGGAGGGCGGCGUCGAAGGCUCCGAUCGAUACAAUUGCCGAAGGUAAGGGCGGUGGUAAAGUGUUGAAGAUCGAAAAGCGGGCGGAGAAAAGGGCGAUUCGGAAUUCGCCGUUGAGUAGCGGUGACGGCGGUAGCGAGAAGUCCCCAGGGCGGCGACUGGCAACGGAGAAGGAGAGGGAGAAAUUCUCGGUAGCACUUUCCAAAAAGGAGAUCGAGGAGGAUUUCAUGGCUAUGAUGGAACGCAGGCCGCCGCGAAGGCCCAAAAAGAGGCCCAGAAUUGUACAAAAUCAAAUGGAUACGCUUUUCCCCGGAUUAUGGUUGACGGAGAUCACUGCCGAUCUCUACGACGUGCCGGAAAUCCAAGAAAACGGAAAGAGGAAGCAACGGAAUGUAAUCGAGGAGGAGCAUUAGAAGUUAGAGCAGCGAGCAGCAACCUGCGACGACGCUGAUAUGCUAAUCCAUGGAAGACGACGUACGACCGACCUCCAUCUUCUGGAAUCGAGAAUUAAUUGCACAUUGAUUUCCAGUAGAUUUGUGAGAACGCUAAUUCUUGUGUAUUAAUUAUAAUUUCAUUUGAUUAUUGUGUGUUUUGGUGAAUAAAGAAUAAUGUUUUUAAGCAUAAAUUUGGUUUUUAGAUCCAAAUUCAAUGAUUUUAUUU